AUGAAAGAAACCAUGAAUACACGAGCGAAGAGGUUGCAGAGGUGGUGGCUAAGGCAUUUUCCCAUUGAUAGAGUGCUGGCUCAAAAGGUUUUCAAAUGUACUGUUAAUUCUACAGUGGCAUUCAUAUUCUGUUUGAUUCCCGAAGUGAGGAAACACUUAGGUGCGCAGCCUGCUAUGUUACCAUUGAUUAGUGUUAUGGCCCACCCAGGUCGUAGAAUUAGUGGUACUAUCCAAGCUAUGAUGUUUUGCUUGACUGGACUAGUCCUGGGAUUAUCAUAUGCACUAUUUGGUAGGUUUUUGGCACAGAGAUGUCUUGGACACAAUUGGAAGCACUUAACUGAGGACGAACAAUAUGCCAACCAUUUCGUACGGUAUGAAUCUGCAUUAGCAGUUUUAGCGGUUUUCGAAACGUUUAUGCUUUUCUUCCAUGGUUGGAUGAGAUCGUUAUCACAUCACUAUUUUGCCAUGGUCUUUCCAUUGUUUCUAGUGGUCCAUUUCGCAUUUCUAGAUCCAUUGGAUGAUCCUAUCAGUGCUACUACAAAGGCCUAUACGGUUCCAUUCUAUUUGGGUAUUGCCAUGUCACUAUUUUUUAAUUUGGUACUAUUUCCAGAAUUUGGUAGUACUUAUUUAGGUAAUACGACCAUUGACACUAUGAAUUUGAUUCAUAAGGCCAUUGAUGAUUCUGUGAAUUUCUUCAUUUCAAUCGACCUCAAAGAAAGCCAGUCGCUGUAUAGAAAAUCACCAGAAUCACUCUCGAAACUACUGAAAUCGAAACCCACCAUACAUAACAAGGUGAGUACCUGCUCUACGGUUUUACACGAAUGCAUCUACGAGAUUUCCUACUCAUAUGUAUCUCCAACACAAUUGAAACCCAUCAUCGAAACGUUUAAAUCCUGCAGCAUGUAUAUCAAUGGAUUAAUUAAUGCAUGCCAAUUGGAAUUUACGCUCCUAAGUAGAGAUGAGAAUAGAGAGGGUGAUCUUUUACAGAUAAAAACUGACAAGGAGAUUGCAUAUGCGCAUUUUGAGAGGUUUGAUAGAGUGCUUAGGAAACUAAGGCCAUCCAUCUACAAUUUGCACAAAAUUUUAAGUGAGUCAGUAUACUUGACCAAGAUAUUAUUAGCACAUGCCUACGAUGUUGAUUUGAGUAGAGCCAAAGGUUCGGAAAUAUUUAAGGAUAGUGAUGAAAUUGUACGGUACAAGAAUAAGAAGGACUUACCCACAGAUUUCUGUAUUGAUGAACGUAAGAACACUCUUCAGAAGGCAUUAUUGGACUUCGACAGGGAGUUCAGAGAGGAGUUAUUGAAGUCAGAAAUCGAUUUCUUACGUCCUAAGGACGAAAUGUUUUUACUUUCCUCCUUUUUAAUGAACUUCAAAGAAACCACCAAUUUCGUGAUCAACCUGUUGGAUCAUAGCAAAGAAGUGCAUACCACCAGAAGCGCCAGGGAAGCAAAAGGUUGGUUACGCGGUAAAAGUGUAUGGUUUACAUUUUUGCACAGUUUCCAAUCUUUCAAAAUUUGGAUCAGGGGUACUUACUCAAAGACAAAUCCAAUAAACGAAAACGAAGGUCUCCAAGGUGGUAUAUCUACUCAGCAAAAUAAAAGCAUUGGUGCUGUAGCAACAAGAAGACCUUCUGUAGCAGAGGAAGACCUUUUGUUACAACAAGCGGAGAGUGACAAAAACCUAAGAGAUCUAAAAGAAACCGCAGAGUUACCUCUACCAGCUACUUUAUCCUCUAACCUGGAAUCAGAUAAUUCUUACCCUUUUAAAAAAAAGGAGGGAACAACUUUCGAGAGCCUUAAUUAUUAUUUCACUGCUUGUUUCAUAAAAACGAACAGAUUUUUGAAAAGAUCUAAAGCGCAUUUCAGAUUUGGAUUUCAAGUUGCCAUUGCAUUGAUGUUGGCAUCUUUCCCCAUGUUUGUCCCAAAGACAAGAGAUUGGUAUGUCAAGUUUCAUGGUGCUUGGGUAGGUUUCGUUUGCAUUCUUUGUGUAGAACCCUCUGUGGGGGAUACCUUCUGGUCUUUUUUCUUGAGAAUGCUUGGUGUGGUUAUUGGAUCUUCAUGGGCUUAUUUGUCUUAUGCAGCAGGUCAGCAUCAAUCCGACCCUUAUUUAGAAACUGUCAUCACUGCCAUCGGCGCAGCUCCUGGGUUCUAUUACUUUUUAGGUACCCCAUAUGUGAAAGCCGCUAUCAUCGGUAUUAUCAGUAUUUAUAUUGUACUGCUAGCGGCUGCGAUACCGAGCUCCAUACACGAUACCAUUCUGACAGCUUGGGCCAAAAGAUGCUUUGCUGUUGGUUAUGGUGGUGGUGUUGCUUUGAUAGUGCAGUUGAUAAUGUUUCCAUCCAAGGCUCGUGACGAGUUAAAUCAAGAAAUUGCCUUCGUAUGUGGUAGCAUAUCAGAGUUACAGCUUCUAUAUGCUUCUGGAUUGGAAGGUGAACCCUUGAAAGUAAGUUUAAGUGAGCAAAAGUACAAAAGGAUGGCCAAAGUUUCCCAAAGUGCCAGAGCUGCAUUAUCUAGAGCUGAUGCUUACAAAGGUUUAGCCCGUCAGGAACCGAGAUUAAAGGGUGAGUACACAGAACUGGGAAAAGUAUUUACGCAAGUCAUUUUUAUUCUACGACAAAUCUUGGAUAGAAUAGAUAAUGCGGCGCUUUUGAGGAAACAAAACGGUUCUGCCAUCAUCGAGGAGUUGAAUUCGGUAGUUUAUCCAUAUAGAAGACAAAUUAUCGCAAGCUUGUGUUGUUUGAUGAGAGCCAUUCAGGAAGCUUUCCUAAACAAAACACCGUUACCUCAAUUCUUACCUAGUCCUAGAAUUGCUCAGCGCAGACUCAUCAAUAUGGUUCGCAGGGCACUACGAGAAAACUACAGUGGUCAAUUGUCCAACGGAAAUCCCAUAUCAAAGUCUAGCGAAACUCAAGAUAAUGACAUUAAUGACGAACAUGAAAUAAUGAUUAAUUUUAAAAGGCAAAACGAAAGUGAAAAAACUCGACAUGCAACAUACAUUCAUGAAUUUGCCUUAAAGGAACGGUUUUUAACCUGGAAUGCAUCUACAGUCUCCUUCGAGGAAAUCAUAGAAUAUGUGGAAGAACUCUGUAAUUUGACCAAAAUCUUAGUGGGUGUCAACGAAUUCAAAUACGGAUUUCUAUCACGUCCCCUUUACGAAGAUUGGGCAGCUGAAGCUGCCACCGGCUUCGAUGACUUCAUCCAAGGGAAGCGUCCUAAGAAGCAACAGCGUCCCCCUUCAAGCAGGGAACCUGAUAUAUCAGAGAGUGUCGCAUCAUCGGCGGCUAGUAGUUUAUCUGGCGGAGAGCAAGAUCCCGUGGCAUUGCAGCCGGAUGACAGUGAGCCACCGCUCAAUUUGGCUCGAAUCGCCUCACAUAAGGCUGGAAAUAAUACUGGAGGGCUUCCUGGUUCCUUCAGGAAAAGGGCCUUUUCCAUCGGAUUUGUUAGCGAUCAAGUGAGUGGUCCAAAUGGAUUGUCGAAGCACAAAACACUUGGCGAUACGGACUCUGAUAUAGAAGAUGAUGAAGAUACAUCUGAUGACGAGCUACCUUUGGCAUUGAAAAAAAUCCUGACUGGCAACAAAACGAAGAAUGAGUAA